UAGCUAAAUUGUAUUAAACAUGGACAAGCUAUGUUCUCUUUGUAAGAAGAACAAGAAUGAAGAAGUCAAGGAAAUACAAAUAUGUUUCGGUAAAGGAAGUGAAGAAGAAAAUGAACAUUUGGAUGCAAGUAACAGAACAAGAACUUCUAAAUACACCUAUUAUUCAUGGCUACCAUUGUCUAUCCUCUUCCAGUUUACAAGGGCUGCGAAUAUAUAUUUCUUGGUUAUCUCGAUUCUCACCGCAAUGCCUUUCUCUCCGAAAAGUCCAGGGUCAAUGAUAGGUACUUUCGUAGCUGUGCUGAUCUUCACCAGUUUGAAAGAACUUUUUGAGGACGCCUUUAGGUGGAUAUCAGAUCGAGAGGUAAACAAUGCGAAAGCAAUGGUGCUAGACCACAAAGAAAAGAAAUUUGAAGAGAAAUUAUGGAAGAAUAUCAAACUAGGAGACAUUAUCAGUGUAGGAAAAGACGAAACCUUCCCAUGUGAUAUGCUCUGCAUCAUCGCAAAGAAAGAAAACAUAAAUGUCGAUACUAUGAACCUUGACGGAGAAACAAUGCUCAAGCCGAAGAAAGUACUUGAUCAGAGAAUAUACAGCUUAGUUAAGGGUGAAGAUAAAAUCAGCCAGAGUGUCAUGGGGGAUGUAAAAGGUAACCAGGACAAGAAUGGCACAGAAGAGAAGUUAAACAUAGCUAAAGCCAGAGCAGAUGAAUACGCUCCCCAACUUGCAAAGCUUAAGGGAAAAAUUACUUGUAGCCCUCCCAAUGAAGAUAUCGAGCAUUGGGAUGGAAAAGUUGAUUGUGAUGAUCUUCCUGUCAGAGCAAACGAAAAUAAAAUUAUUCUUGGUGACAUAGACUCAAUGCUCCUCAGAGGAUGCUAUUUGAGAAACACCUCUUACUGCGUCGGAAUUGCUGUUCACCUUGGGAAAGAAUCAAAAAUUAUGAUGAAUGCGAAAAAGCCACCAAGGAAGGUGUCUAACUUAAUGAGACUGAUGAAUAAAAUGCUUUAUACAGUCUUCGGUUUUCAGCUCUUUAUCAUCAGUGUUUUUGCAACUUGUUCUGUCAUUUGGACUGCCUCUAAAGGGAAGGAUUAUGAUUAUAUUGAUGAAGAUGGGGACAACCCUACCUUUUGGACAUGGAUUAUCCAACUGCUUACUUAUUGGGUAGCUUAUUCACAUUUAAUCCCAAUCUCUCUUUAUGUCAUGAUAGAAGUUCUAAAAUUAGUGCAGGCUCUCUUUAUUAAAUGGGAUCAAGAUAUAGGCGCCAAUCCUGAUGUCGAUGAGAAAGCAGCUGAAUGUAAGAACUCCGACCUUAUUGAAGAGCUAGGUCAAGUAGACUUCAUCUUCAGUGAUAAAACAGGAACUCUCACUUGAAACCAAAUGAUUUUUAAGAGUUGUACGGUGGGAGGGAAAAUAUACACCGAAAAACCUUCAAUACAAAAUGGUGACCAAAAUGAAUCAAACGUUAAGGAAAUGCAUGAAAAUUCAUUAUUUGCUAGAAACGAGCGCAAACCUCUUUACUGGAUCGAUGAGGUGAACAAUAAUAAUGAAAAACUACAGGAAUUCUUCAGCCAUAUGAGCAUUUGCCAUGCUGUUACAGUCGAUAUGGAUAGUAAGCCAGAUCCGGAGGAAGAAAGUAAAAACAAAGAGAGAAAUGAAUGUCCUAUCUAUCAAUGCCAGUCUCCUGAUGAACUAGCCCUGGUCAAAGCUUCACUGAAAUGCGGAAUAAAACUAUGAGAUACUAGGCGAGGAAGCUACUUCAUUGAAGAGGAAGGAGUCACCACACAAUACAAAGUUCUUGCAGAAUUCAAAUUUGACUCAGAUAGAAAAAGAAUGUCAGUCGUAGUGGAGACUGAAGAUAAUGAGUUCUAUCUCUAUACUAAAGGCGCUGACAACCAAAUGAUUUCACAAAUAGACUUUAGUAAUCCAGGAGAAAGGAGCGUGCUCGAAGAACACUUAUAUCAAUUUGCUGUUGAAGGCCUCAGGACUCUCGUAAUGGGAAAAAGACAGCUAACAAAGAGAGAGAAAGAUGAAAUUGUUGACGGAAUCUAUAAAAUACAAUCAUCUCCAGCUGAGAAUAAAGAAGAGAAAUACUUCAAACUCUACUGCAAGCACGAAGUAAAUCUUGAAUACAUCGGAGCAUCUGCCAUUGAGGACAAACUUCAGGACGAGGUCCCUGAAACAAUUGAGAAACUGAUGGAUGCAAAUAUUAGAGUUUGGGUUCUGACUGGUGAUAAACAAGAAACUGCAAUCGAGAUCGCCAAAUCUUGUAGACUCAUCCAAGAAGAUAUGAAAGACAUCAUACUCUCAGUAAGCAUGAAUGAUCGUAGAAAGAAAAUAAAUGAAAGCGAUGAGCAAUUUGAAAAGAGAAUUGCAGAUGAAAAAGAAGUAUACAAGAAAGAGCUCAGGAAGAAUAUACAAAAAGGUAAAAAUAUGAUCCGUAAUGAUGUUCUUUAUCACACAGAAAAUGAAAUAUUUGCCCAACCCUUGAAGAACCUGAAAAACAAAGGCACUCAGAUAACUCUAGUAAUUGAUGGGCCUACCCUUGGAUUAAUUCUUGAGGAUGAGGAACUCGGUAACCUCUUCCUAUCUUUGGGUCUCUACUCUAAAUCUGUAGUCUGCUGCAGAGUAAGUCCUAAACAAAAAUAGCCAAGUAGUGGCUAUCGUCAACAAGGUAAAGCCAGGAUGCAUCAGGCUAUCAAUCGGAGAUGGGGCCAACGACGUCCCCAUGAUCAUGGAAGCUAACAUUGGUGUAGGAAUUAGAGGAAAAGAAGGAACUCAAGCAGUGAGAUCAUCUGAUUACGCUAUCAGUCAGUUCAAAUAUCUUGAAAAAUUACUCCUCUUCCAUGGAAGGUUAGGGUACAGAAGAGUAUCCUGGAUGGUUUGAUACUACUUUUACAAGAACAUUGUGCUUGUCUUCACAGAGAUCUACUUUGCCUUCUUUAAUGGGUUUUCAGGUCAGAUAUACUUCCUAGAUUGGCUUCCAAUGCUGUACAACUCCUUAUGGACGAGCUUAACUUGUUUAUUUGCAUAUGGAAUCGAAAGAGAUGUGGAUUAUGAAGUCAGCAGAAAGAACCCCAAGCUGUAUGAGGCAGGACAACAGGAUAAAUAUUUCUCUUUUUGGAUCUUCUGGAAGUGGGUACUGUUUGCCAUCUUCCAUGGGAUAAUCACAUUCUUCGGUAGCACAUAUGGAUUCAGAGGAAUCAUAGAUAAUGAUGGGAAAACUGAGGAUUUCUGGUUUGCAUCAACAAUUGCUUUCUCAUCGAUCAUUCAUCUUGUCACUUGGAAACUUGCUCUUGAGCUAAACUUCUUGAACUGGGUGGUUCUUUUCGCUGGUAUAGCAAGUAUAAUUUUCUAUUGGCUCUUCGUUAUAGUAUUUAAUACGGCCUUCUUCUCACAGUUGAUACAACCAGAGCUGGAGAAUGUUUAUUUCAGGAUACUUGGAAAUUCAAAAGCUUGGAUAGUAAUCCUAUUCUUGCCUCUGGUCGCUCUGCUGCCAGAUAUUACUGUUAAAUAUGUCUGGAAGCUCUAUCGCCCUGAUGACAGUGACAAAAUAGUUGCCAGUUCAUUUAAUCGAGAAGGAAGUUAUGUCCAAAGUUGGAUAAACAAAUCUGAGGGUAGCACUCAUAUUUCAGACGAAUUCGCUGCUAAUAAAAGAGUAGUAGGAAGACCUGUCCAGGAGUUCAAUCAUAUAAGUAAUGAAGACUUAUAAUUAUCAACAAUUUAAAAAAUUCUUCAAAUU